AUCGUGGCCUUGAUGACAACGAGCUUUUUCUAAAUUUGAAAUUGUGUAACGUUGCUUUUGUAGUAACUGAAAGUAAACAUGGCAAAUAACACUUGGGAUCUAUCGAAGAAACACAGUGACAGAGAGAGGUGGAUUUGCAUCUAUCCAGUUUACGUCAAUAGUAAAAGGACUUUAGCAGAAGGACGUAAAUUGUCAAAGGAAAGAUGCGUAGAAAAUCCUACACAUCAAGAGAUUCGAGAUGUACUUCUUAGCAUAGGAUUGAAAGUUGGUGUUGAAAAUAAGCUUUAUCCCAGAGAACCCAGUAAAGAACUAUUGUAUCGUGGGCGAAUCCGUGUUCAAUUAAAAAAUGAUGAUGGUACUCCAUAUAACUCAGAUUAUCCAACAAGAGAUUCUUUGUUAAAUUUUAUAGGAGUUAGUAUUCCUAAGUUAAAGACACGUCAAGGCAAACAAUCGUCUGGAGAGCAAUCCGCACAAAAUUCAUCAGCAAAUUUACCAAAAAAAGGAAAGGGCAAGGGUCGAAGAUGAAAUUUUGAAGAGCUAUUUGAUGCAAAUUUUGGAAAAUUUAUUAUGAGAUUUAAAUGGCUUCAUAUUGUUUAAUAAUAUUAAUUACUCCUUUAAUUAUACAAUUUUUCUCAACAUAUUAAAGAAUUCUAUUAUCAAACUA